GAUACCCUAAACGCAGCUGUCAUCUGUACAGUAAGAUGACGUCUCCCUCGCUGUCACAUGACCCGCUCCUUACAGUAAAAACCCAACAUGGCAGCGGCAGUCGCUAUUGCACUGUAACUACAGCAACAAUUCCACAAAUACGGCGGCGCGAGCACAAAACCGAGCCGCCGAUCGCGCUCCAACCGCAGACAUGAGGGAGAAGCAGCGGAGGAAGAAAGGGCGGACGUGGGCAGAGGCUGCCAAAACGGUCCUGGAGAAGUACCCCAACACUGCCAUGAGUCAUAAAGAGAUCCUGCAGGUCAUCCAGAGAGAGGGGCUGAAGGAAAUCAGUGGCACCUCCCCGCUGGCGUGCCUGAACGCGAUGCUGCACACGAACUCCCGCGGGGACCAGGGCAUCUUCUACAAGGUUCCCGGCCGCAUGGGAGUCUACACGCUGAAGAAGGAGGUCUCGGAUGACGGCUCGGACAGCAGUGACGUGGUCUCGGAUUCCCAAAGUCCGGAAAACGGGAAUACCGCCACCAGCAAGGAGGGCCGGAGGGGCAAGUGGAGAAGAGUGACCUCUAAGCUCCAGUCCCAGCCGGCCUCGCCCCAGUCCCGGUGCAGCUCGCCAUCGGUCCCCGCCAAACUCAUCUCCCCCUCGCAGAAGCACAGCAAGAAGGCCCUCAAACAGGCUCUGAAGCAGCAGAGAAACCAGCGGCGGGUGGGGAUGACCUCUUCCUCUGCCUCUUCCUCCUCCUCCUCUUCCUCACAGAUGGUCCUGAAGAGGGGCAAAGAGCCGGCCGACCCCCCAAGCAGGACCAAGGCCGCGUGGGAGCUGAAACAGUCGACGCAGCGCUCCGCCAGUCCUCCCAACUCCUCUUCCUCCUCCUCCUCUUCCUCUUCGGCCAAAGCGGACCUGUGCCCCUCCGUCAGCACCAGGAAGAUGUCCCAGCGGUCGGACCGCCUCAACGCCAGGCAGCUGAAGCGCACCAAGUGCGCGGAGAUCGACGUGGAGACGCCGGACUCCAUCUUGGUGAACACGAACCUGCGGGCGCUGAUCAACAAGCACACCCUGUCCAUCCUGCCCCAGGACUGCCAGCACCGCCUCCUCGCCCUGCUGCCCGACGGGGACCGGCAGAUCUGCGCUGACGGUCAGUGGAAACUCAGCAGCUCGGCGUUGAAUAACGAGUUCUUCACCUCCGCCGCGCAGUCCUGGAAGGAGCGACUCGCGGAAGGAGACUUCACGCCUGAGAUGCGGUUACGCGUGCGGCAGGAGCUGGAGAAGGGGAAGAAGAUGGAGCCGUGGAAGGAGGAGUUCUUCGAGAGCUACUACGGCCAGACGUCCGGACUCAGCUUGGAGGAGUCCAGGAAGCUGACGGAGGCCGUUCCCAGUCCGGAAUGUUCAGAGCCGCAACCGGCUCUUCCUCCCGCUCCCAAAUCCACCCCCACCCCUCCUCCUAAAUCCGUGGAGCGUGUGGAGGAGGUGAUGGAGGCCGCCAAGGAGUGCCCCCCUGAAAAAGAGGAGAGAGGAGAGGAGAGCCCCUCCCCCGUCUUAAAACCGGAGACCCCAGAAAGGGGGCCCGUUGCCAAGGCGACGACCACCCCCGCCCCAGAUCGGCCGAGGGUCCCCGACACACCCCCGACGCCGGCCCCAAAAACACCGGAGACGUCCUCCUCGCCAAAGCCCGAAGAGAAGGCCCGCCCCGUCCAAUCGGAUACAGCCCCCGGCGGGGCCGUCCAAUCAGAGGAGGCAUCAGAGGGUGUGGCCAAAGCAGAGGCCACGCCCCCGGAGGACCGCGGCGCGGGGAAAGCCACGCCCACCCCGGUGGAUGCCACGCCCGUCGCGGAGGCCCCUCGGACAGAACCCGCGGAGCCAGCGGCCCCGGAGCCUGCGAAGAGGAAGUCGUCCUCCAGCGAACAGGAAGUGGCCCCCAGCCCGGAGAAGAGGCCCCGCGUGGCGGAGACGCCCCCCCAGACCCCCCCUCCGAGACCCCCCCUGGAAGUGAAGGCCCGGCCCGCGGCUCCCAGGGUCCCUCCGCUGAAGAUUCCUGUCUGUGGGGUAUUGCCCACGUCUCCGGCUGGUGGGGGUCAGGUCUCUCCCAGGUUCCCCCCCCUCCCCAGCCCUCCGGGGGGCCCGCGCACGGGGGCCCGGACCCUCGCCGACAUCAAGGCCAAAGCGCAGCUGGCCCGGGCGCAGAGAGUGGCUGCAGCCGCUGCUGCUGCCGCCGCCGGGUCGCCAGCAGGGGGCGCCGUGCCCGGCCCGGGCCCCGGGGGCGGGCCCCCCCCGAAACCCCCGCCCGGAGCCCCCCCCCGCUGUCCAGCGCAGUCUGGCCCUGCCGCGGCCCCUUCGGUUACCACGGUGACGCCGUCGGCCAAUCGCCCGGGUCCGAGCGGGGCGACGCCCCGGAGGGAGCCCCUCCCUCCCGGGAAACUGGGCGGACCUUCGACGAUCUCCGCGGCGGGGCACGCUGGAGUUCUGCUCGCCCAGAGGCUGUCGGGACCCUCCGCGGUGGUCCCGGGAGGACAGCCGGUCGCCCUCCCUCCCCACGGGGUGACCCGGCCGGUCACGCACCCAAACCUCACCCCCGCCCCCGCCCAGAGGACCCCCGAGAUCCCCCCCGCCCUCAGGGCUGGCACCUCCAUCACCUCCAGCAACCCCCUGGUCUGCAAGCUCCUCCAGGGCAAGGAGGUCCCCCUCGAGCACAUCCUCCCCAAACCCCCGCCCAAGCCUCACCCCUGCGCCCCGCUGUCCGUCCGGAGAGGGCUGGAGGGCCCCGGGGCGGGCGCGGGUCCCGUCCGGGGGGAGGAGGGGGACCGUCUGCGGCCCCCCCCGGCCCAGGACCCCGGCCCCCACCACCAGAGGGAGAUGCUGAACCAGGCCACUCAGGAGCAGAUCCUCCACACGCUAAUGCAGCGCGCCCACCACCACCACCAAGUCCCGCACCCCCAAUUCCUCCCCCCCGCCCCCGCCCACCUGGCCCCGCUCCUCCUGCGCCCCCCGCCGGACGGCCCCCCCGCGCCCCCCCGGCUCGCCCUGGGCUUCCUGUCCCGGAAACGGCCGUCCCGCCCGGCCAUGACGGGACACUACCUCCUCAACGUCUCCACGUACGGCCGGGGCUCCGAGAGCGGGAAGCGGGCGCUGCUGGCCGCAGUGCCGGCCUCCGGCCUCAAGAGGGAGCCAGAGGACGAGGAGGAGGCGGGGGAGGAAGGGCGCGGGGCCGGGGAGGGGCCGUGGGCGACCUCUGACCUCUCGGGGGUCAAGACAGAGAGGCAGCCGGGGUCGUCCCCGGAGGAUGAAGAGUCGGAUCCCCAGCGGUGGCGGGUGAAGGCGGAGUCUCCGUUGCUAGGACACCCCGACGCCGCGGAGACGGACCGGGCCGGCGCCGCUCAGGGCCCGUCGGGAUCCCGCCGGCGCACGGCGUCCGGGUGCGAGAGCCACGCCGGUCGCCCCGGCGACCGCAGCCCCGCGGAAACGGGCGGCGGUUCCCCCGGCGACAGCCCCGCCUCCAGUAGCGGGAGCGUCAUGUCCUUCUCCGUCACCGUCACCGCCAUCCCCGCCGAGCGCCACGGCGACGCCCCGCCCCUGCCCGGCUUCGCCCAGGGACCCGGGAUGGACGUGGACUCCGCCUCCAAGUGCUACUGCCGGCUGAAGGCCAUGAUCAUGUGCCGGGGGUGCGGCGCCUUCUGCCACCACGACUGCAUCGGGCCCUCCAAGCUCUGCGUGUCCUGCCUGGUGGUGCGCUAGAGCGCCCGUCUGUCUCACGUACUGCUGUCUGUGUGUGUCUCUCACUCACACACACACACUGUCACACACACUGUCACACACACUCACACACA